AUGGCAGCGGCUUGGACUAGAGCCGUUGUCAUCAUCACCAUCAUCAUCAUCGUCGUCUUAGCUGCGCCAGACCGACACGGGACUCACACAUAUUGCGCUCCAGAGAAGGACAAGCAAACAGGGGACGAAAGCCCUUUGACACCUUCUCUGUCACCCAAGCCAGCUCCUGAGAAGAGCUCAUACCUGUACUCCACGGAGAUCACACUGUGGACGGUGGUGGCCGCCAUUCAGGCCUUGGAGAAGAAGGUGGACUCCUGCUUGAGCCGGUUGCUGACUCUGGAGGGGCGGACGGGCACGGCCGAGAAGAAGCUGGCCGACUGCGAGAAGACGGCCGUGGAGUUCGGGAACCAGCUGGAGGGCAAGUGGGCCGUGCUGGGGACCCUGCUGCAGGAGUACGGGCUGCUGCAGAGGCGCCUGGAGAACAUGGAGAACCUGCUGAGAAACAGAAACUUCUGGAUCCUGCGGCUGCCGCCGGGCAGCAAGGGGGAGGUCCCCAAGGUGCCCGUGACCUUUGAUGACGUGGCCGUGUAUUUCUCUGAGCUGGAGUGGGGCAAGCUGGACGAGUGGCAGAAGGAGCUCUACAAGCACGUGAUGAGGGGCAACUACGAGAUGCUGGUGUCCCUGGAUUAUGCCAUCUCCAAACCGGAUAUCCUAACCCAGAUGGAGAGGGGAGAAGAGCCUUGUCCCGCCGGCCUGUGGGGCCAUGAGGAGGGGACUGAUAGAGAAGCAGCACGGCCCAGGAGGCCACGCCCUGGCCUCCUUCCACAUCCAGAGCCUGUCAGUCCUGCCCAGGAAGAGCCAAAUGAAGGGCAGGCCCCAAAGCACCAGCAAGUCUCAGAAGCAAGGACAGCCCUAGCUGGAGCGAGCACUGGGCCACCAGCCUCGGUUAAACAGGAGGAAGAAUCUUCAGGUGGGGAGUCACCGGCCUCCCCUCCCAGGGACAGCCUGCCCAGCAGGGGACCAGGUGGUGGUGGUGUGGUCGUCAAGACAGAGGCACAAUCUGAGGACGACAUGAUGCCUGCGCAGCUCUUCCUGGGGGAUCCCCGGAGCCAGACCGUGUGCAGAAGGCCCAAACGGCCCAGGAGCAGACCUGGGGGCCCCGGGCGCCUUCAUGCCGCCGGAGUGCCGCGGGUGCGGCCGGGGGACCCGCGUCCAGGAGGGGCGGCGGGGGAGCCGCCGCGCAUCCUCCCGCGCCGGCGAGAGCGGGCCUUCCCCUGCCCCGACUGCGGGCAGAGCUUCCGCCUGAAGAUUAACCUGACCAUCCACCAGCGGAGCCACGUGGAGGAGGAGCGCAGGGAGGCGCCCGCGAGCUCGCCCGCCGGCUGGGGGGAGGAGCACCCCGCCCUGGAGCCGGGGGAGGUGGUGGUGCCCGGCCCCGUCAUCCGCUGGCUGCCCGAGGACCCCGGAGGCCGCCGCUCCCUGGCAGGCCGGCCCUUCGUGGGGCGCAGGCCGGCGGCCAAGGUGUACCACUGCAGCGAGUGCCUGCGCUUCUUCCAGCAGCGCAAGAGCCUGCUGCUGCACCAGCGCCUGCACACGGGCGACAGCCAGGGCUGGCCCGCCUGUCCCUACUGCGGCAAGGCCUUCCGCCGGCCCUCCGACCUCUUCCGGCACCAGCGCAUCCACACCGGCGAGCGGCCCUACCAGUGCCCCCAGUGUGGCCGGGCCUUCAACCGCAACCACCACCUGGCGGUGCACAUGCAGACCCACGCCCGGGGCCAGGCGGGCCCGCACUAUCCCGGCGGCCCGGUCCGCCCCGGGAGUCCGCCCCCGCCCUGGCCCAGCCGCACAGAGGAGGGCUGACCGGCAGGAGCCUGCGGAGGGGGUGUGGGGGCCCUUCAGCCCUGCUGGCAGCCCCCCCCCCCCUGCGGGACUUCUGUCCACCUUCAGGCCUUUCUCUCCUGCCUGAUGCUGCUUCCUCCUUCUGGGAAGAGGUGGCCUUUUGGGUGACCGUGUGAGUGUGUGACCAGAUUCCUCAACUUCCCAUUUCCUGAGUUUGUCACUCUUUGCUGCCUUUUCGACAUUCCUGACUUAUUAAGGAUCCUUGAAGGUUUGGGUGAGAGCCUUUGGCAGGUAGGGGAGAGAGACAGGCAAGAGGACCGGAGACAGUGGCCGUGCAGUAGGGGGCCAUGGGGACAUUGAGGGCCUGCGGUUUGUCAUAGUGGAGUGGACAGUUUGAAGAGUAGGCACUGGAAAUUUGUAUUUCCUACUUUGUUAUUUUUCAAUCUCCCCCCCGCCCAUGGAGCUUUUCUAGUGCUUUUGUAAGUAUUGUGUGUGGUUGCAAAGGGGACCAGGAGCCCCAAGGCGCGGGGAUUCUUCUGCCAGUUCUGCGCAAGGGGACGGCAGGGGACUGUCCACGUCCGCCUGGGCACUGACGGGAUGCCUUGGCCUUCCCAGGUAUAUGAUUCCCAGUAUUCCAACAUCCACGAUUGAUUUUGGUUCUUAGUUGAGAGCAGGAACAAGUCAAAAGUGGGUGUCGCCUCCCCCGAGGUCUCAGUGUUAAUGGGGAUGCACACUCCUUGGAGGGGGGGGGCGGUUUGAGGGGAGGGAUGCAGACCCAGUCAUAGGGGGCUCUUCCCCAACAGGAAGAUCCUGAUAUGGGUGACGCAAGUUAGUCAACCUGCCUGGGCCGCUGGGCCUGACUUGUCACAUUGUCCCCGGAACGAUGGAAUGAUCGGAAUGACCGCGGGGCACGCGGUUCCUGACUAGGGAUGUGCUUCCAAGACCCUGGGGCUGGUAGCAGAGAAAGGCCAGAUCGGGUGAAUUUUUCUUAACCACUUCCAGCCUUGUGUUCCUCACCUGUCAGGGGGUAAUGACCCCAGUGCACCCUACCUCACAUUAGUAUUUUCAGGGUCAUAAAAGAUUUAGAGACAAUGGAGCAAAUAGGAAGCUUGGUUUUGUCCUGCAAGUUCAGGGCCCCCUCUCUAUUCCAUUCCAGCCCUCUCCCCAAGCCAGAAUCCCUUUAUUUUCUGGAGUGAGUGGAAGGUCCCUUGGGUGUAGAGCGAGGUGAGACUUUCCCAUCGGUUCCAGUCAGGCUACAUCCCCUAGGAGCCCUUUGUAUUUCAGUGGAACAAAUUCUUAACCAAAGCAAGGAGUUUGGACAAUAGCAUCAGGCUUCCAGGAAAUGUCUUGAGGGCAGCCAGCAGCUUGUGCCUCUUUAAUGACAGCACUGUGGGUGCUACUUAGAGACCAGCCCUCAGUUUGGGUGAUUUUCAAACUGCAGUCAUGGGUCCUUAGCUAUUUCAUUGGUUGUCUUAUUCUUCUGGCACUGUGUGAAGUGGUCAGCGUUCAGGCCUGCUUCCCGGGGCCCUUAUGGCCCCCUCUGACCCUCAUGCAUCUCCCAAAAUCAUGAACAGAGUUGGGGGCAGAUGGGAACAUUGCCAUGAUCUGUGGGGCAAGAGUGAGUAUAUGAGUCUGCGUGAGCUCAGCCAAGCUCCCCUGGGCCUUGGAAAAAGAGGUGCCACCCGUUCUUGCUUGUCUGUUCUGCCACCUGCAACCCUCGCCAGGGACCCCACAAGUCAGGGCUGGGCUCUGACAGGACAUGGUGCAAACACAGCUGCUCUGAGCCUACAUUUUAGCGCCCAGAGCUUGCCUCAGGUGUUUCCUGGGGAUGCCUCAAGGCCCAGAGUUCCUAGGCCUUUCUAAUGCUAAAUGCCCUGUGUAAAAUAGAGGUACUUCAGGGGUCAUGCGAACCCCCGGAAUGAUAAUGACCGCGGGGCACGCGGUUCCUGACUAGGCCUUGGGCCUUUGCCUGGCACUCAAUGCGUGUUCAAAGAACAUUCUUUACACUGAAAUGAGUCAACGGAUGCUGCGUGGUGCAGGAGCAGAGCGGCGUUCCAGAGCCCUGGAGAAUGGCACUUGGCUUGGCUCUUAGACCCGCUCCUAGCUCUGGGUCUGGACUUCCACCUUCUUAACCAAGGACGAGUGGGGACUUGGUGCAAAAGGCCCUUCAAAACUGUGACGGUGGCGGCCCUUUUGCCUUCAUCGGUGCUCAAUAAAUAUGUUGGACUCAA